AUGGAAUUUGAUUUCAAACCAUCUUUUGAUCAUAAAUGGGAUACUCCUGCUCAAAAUGAGGUUUGUCCAUCACAACCACAGCCAGUACAAGCAGCACCAAAGGCCGUUAUUGAAACAUUUGACGUAGAUAAUGCUUUUGCAAAUUACAAGCCAAAUUUCAAGACAACAGUCACAAAAUCAGAAAUAGAAAUGCCAGAACCGGUUCCAGCUAUUGAUACACUCAAAGGAACUGUAGCAGAAGAAAUUUUUGGAAAGUUUUGCCAAGAAAAAUUCGGUUUUAAGCUCGAUUUAACAAAACAGUAA